AUGGCUGCUUCAUUCUUCUCCCUUGAGGGUCAGACUGCUCUCGUCACCGGUGGCACCCGUGGCAUUGGCCAGGCUGUCGCAAUUGGCCUUGCCGAGGCUGGUGCCGACAUCAUCCUGGUCCAGCGGGAUACCACUGUCAACUCGACAAAGGAGGCUAUCGAGAAGCUGGGUCGAAAGGCUUUUAUCUACACUGCCGAUCUUUCGUCGCAAGAAUCGGUUGCUGCGCUCGUGCCCAAAGUCCUUGCCGAUGGACACCAGAUUCGCAUCUUGAUCAACUGCGCCGGUAUUCAGCGACGACAUCCUUGCGAGGAGUUUCCUGACAGCGACUUCAACGAGGUCAUCCAAGUAAACCUCAACUCCGUCUUCACCCUCUGCCGCGACGUCGGCGCCCACAUGCUCAAGCUCGAGCCCUCCCCCGUCACCGGCCGCCGCGGCAGCAUCAUCAACUUUGCCUCGCUGCUCACCUUCCAGGGCGGCUUCACCGUCCCCGCCUACGCCGCGUCCAAGGGCGCCGUGGGCCAGAUCACAAAGAGCUUCGCCAACGAGUGGACGUCCAAGGGCAUCACGGUCAACGCCAUCGCCCCCGGCUACAUCGCCACAGACAUGAACGAGGCUCUGCUGGCGAACCCUGAGCGCCUGGCUAGCAUCACCUCGCGCAUUCCUGCCGGAAACUGGGGUUCCCCGGAGGACUUCAAGGGUACGUCAGUGUAUCUGGCGAGCAAGGCCAGUGGCUACGUAAGCGGCCACAUCUUGGUUGUGGAUGGUGGCUGGAUGGGCCGGUAA